CAGAAGGAGUGUCCAGGAUGGAAGCAGCGGCUUGGCAGCUGAUCUUCCAACGCCUUCCAAUUUCAGAUAUCAUCUCCUGUUGUAAAGCCUGUACCACUCUUGCCAGUGCUACACAUGCCUUUGUGUGUCGGCGGCAGUCUGAUGCAGCGGAAGGAAGAGAAGGAUCCACUGUUCCAUAUGAGAACUGUGUGGACAACGAGCCUUAUGCUGACAUCGAGUAUGUAAGUGAGAAUGUGUUGUCGAGUGGUGUCAGGAUUAGAGAAGCAUACACUCCAAUCACAGCAGAACAGUGCGACUGCAUUGAAUCUCAUGAAGAUUCUGGAGUGGUGCAGUCAGAGUCAGUGGAAGUAAGUAGAUAUCACUUGGGGGAAGAGGACUUGCUGAACAAUAACCAAGUAAGCUUGCAGGUGUGCCGUCCAGGGCUUUGUUCCUGUGGAAUUGACCUCCGGAAUGAGGCUGCUUAUGACGAUGAUGGGCGCUUGCUCUCUCUGCUGGCGCCCCAGCUGAAUCUUGUUUCCCCUAACAUCUUGCGACACGGUAAUUUAGUGCCACCGUCAAGCUUACAUCUGACGUCACCAGAAUUUGGCUCGGGGUUGCAAACUAGAAAGAACAAUGAAGUAGAUGAGCCGGUUUUGGAACCGAGCGCUUUGUGCUCUCUCAGCAUGGAACCUCCUGAAAAAAAGCGGAAAAUUAUCAAGGACAGGGCAAGUGUACCUAAGAAGAAUCUAAUGAAGGUAUUGUUAGUAAGAGGCCAGCCCACGGUAGAAACAAACAGUAGCAGAUCCCCCAAAAAGACUAAAGAAAGUGAGCAUGCUGUGAAGACUAUGGCCAGUGAGGGUCAGUCACUUGUUGUGUUUGAAUGCGGCCCGGCCUGUCGUUGUGGCGCGGAAUGCAGCAACCGGGUAACGCAGAGGGGAAUUGCUGCGAGAGUGAAAGUCGUCAGGCAUCGGCAGAAGGGAUGGUGCCUUCACGCUGCUGAGGACAUCAGGCGGGGGGCAUUCGUCUGCCAGUAUGCUGGCGAGCUGCUUACAAACGCAGAAGCCAAUCGUCGCCACCUCAUCUACGACUGUCCGGAGUACCAUUCCUCAGGCCGCCCUCCACCUGCUCUCUUGGUCGUCCGAGAACAUUUACCUUCUAAAACGGCCUCCCUCCGACUGAACAUCGACGCCACUCACUUCGGAAACGUCGCUCGUUUUGUUAACCACUCGUGUGACGGAGGGAACGCCACCCGAGUGCUUGUGCGGCAGACGGGCUGGCCUCUGCCCCACGUGGCUCUGUUUGCGAAUCGUGAGAUCCUGGCAGGGGAGGAGAUCACGAUGAGCUACGGGGAGGUCAAGGCUGAUGAGAGCACGUUGCAGACUGCGCCGCCAUGCUAUUGUGGCUCGUCGAACUGCAUAGGGCUGAUGCCAAGAGAUGUGGCCUAACAAAUAGAUGCAACCAUUGCACGUAUUCUUUACAGUCUUGGGCUACAGAAUUUCUUCGUCGAGAUCAAUUCAAAGUUUAGCUUGUCCAUUUUGAACUUGUUGUAGGCUCCGAGCUCACGAGAUACUGUGUGUUCAUUUCAUGGUACUUCUGGAUCG